GUUUCUGGAAAACCUUAAACCAAUGCCCGGCUGAAAUUCACCUUUUUCGUCUUCGAUUAUGCUUUAUGAGCUGUCCUGAGCGUUUCCUGAAAAUUUCGUUGAGUCAGCAUGAGAUUUGAUCGCGAUAUAAGGAUUUUAAUUUUUGCUAGUAACAGGCGGAAAACCGGUUUCUCACAAAAAUGCCUCUGGGAAAGUUAUAUUCAUUUCUACACAAAAACAAAUGUUACCACUAUGCUCAGCGUAGUCGAUUACCUAUAUCCCAUGGCAUUUCGAGAUUCCCAGAGAUGUCUGCUUGAAGAUAGACACAUGCCGGGGGAAAGCCAGCCCUGUCCGAACGACGAUAGCUGGAGAGCCGGGACCUGCAUAAUUUAGUAGAGUAACGUCUGGACUAUCUACGCAUGCAAAAAGAUUACUAACAUUGUAUCUUAGUUUCAAGUGCCAAAUGAAAAAUACGUUUCACUUUCCGAUGGUCGUCAAUUAGCAUAUACCGAACAAGGCGAUGUAAAUAGUGAUAAAAUUAUGAUCUUCUUUCAUGGCGCAUUUGGUGUUGGUGACUCCUCAAAUGAUAAAAAGUUUUACAAAGAAAUUGGAUAUCACUUUAUUGCUCCUACACUUCCUGGCUGGGGUAAUAGCUCACCAUGGCCGGAAAAUCAGCCAAUUUUAAAUUAUCCCAAUGAUAUUCAUCAAUUAUUAUCAUCUUUUAAGAAAAAUGACAAUAAAAAUCUUAGAAUUACUGUUGCAGGUGGCAGCUAUGGAACUGUUUUUGCUCAAAUAUGUUUUGGUACAUCAACUGAUAUAAUGCCUGAAGUUAUUAACGUUCAGUCAUUAAUUGUCUGCUCUGGUUUUUCCUCAUUCAAAUGUCAUAAAACAUAUACAACUGGAAUGAGUUGGUCAAAUUAUUUUAUGGUCGGUAUGCCAGCUAUUUAUUUUCCUUCUAUUACAAAGUUAAUGGGAUCUUAUAUUCAAAAGAAAAUUCAUAAUAUUGAAGAUGCUAAGGAAUUUAUGCGAAGAAGAUUGUUUGAUCAAAUGGAUGACGAGGAAAAGGCCAAAUUACGUAAAUGGGAAGAAGAGAGAGAUAAGCCAUCCGGAUUUGUUAUUGAAAUGAUGUCAAGAAAUAUGUGUUUAAGUAUUUCUAAAACAAUGGCUGGAUUCAAUGCUAUUCCACACGUUUUACAUUCGGAAUGGGGUUUUGAUCCAAAGACACUUCCAUCAUCACCAAAACGAAGAGUAUUAAUUAUAGCUACCAGAGGAGAUAAAAUGUCUCAUAUGGAAAUGUCAACGUAUUUAGUCGAAAGCUAUCCUAAUGCAGAAAUUCAGAUACUUAACGGAGGUCAUCUAGCUGCAUUUUUUGAAUUCGAUGAAAUUAUAAAAAAUUGGCUGACAAAUCUUGAGAACAAGUUUAAUGAAAGUACACAAAUAGAUGGGUAA